AUGGAUAGAUCUGUGAAAAUUGUAACGAGAUCACACAAAUGGGUGUCUGAAGAAAAUAAUAAUAAUAAAAUUAUUAAUAAUAAUAAUAUUAAUAAUAAUAAUCAAAAAUCUAUAGCGAUAAAACGAACUAACAACAUCAAUAACAACACCAACAACAACAACAAUCCCAACAACAACAACAAUUUCAACAACAACAACUAUUUCAACAACAUCAACAACAAUCCCAACAGCAGCAUCAGCAAUCGCAAACACAGUCGUAGCCCAAACAAUUACAAACUCAUUCCGACUCUUACAUUCAAACCGAGAAUUUCACCAGCCACAACAACAACAAAAACAACAACAACGACAACAGCAACAAUUAAGCAACAACAGCAAACAACACUAACGGACAUACAUACCCUCCCAACAACAAAGAGUUACACAAACGUGUGGAUGACUGUUUCAACAAACUCAACAGCAACGACAUUGUUUAAAUACAUCAGAAAUGAUUCUCACCAUCAAUAUAAUAAACUUCGACAUUUAAACUCGUCAAAAUCAACAAAAUUGGAUCGAAAUCUCUCAAAAAUCAACGUCCUAGAAGCGAAAAAUGAGGAUUUUAUAACUUUAGAACUAACAUCCGCCAAUGUUCUCAAAAUAUCAUGGCCAACUAACUUCAACAACAAAAACAACGACAACAACAACAUCAACAACAACAACAACAACAUCAAUAACAACAAUAACUAUAAUAAUAACGAGGAUUAUCAUCAAGAUUAUCAAAAUCCCGCUAAAAAUUCCGCUAAAAAUCCUGGCUACAGGAAUUUGAAACAAUUUUCGCAAGAUCAAAAGUAUAAAAUCUACCUUCCUAAAAAUUCUGGAUCCGGUUUUGAAAUGGGAUCUACGGAAUCUCACGGAUCAGGCUCUCAUGGAUCUGUGGUAUCUCAGGAAGUUUCGGGAUAUGUAUAUAUUCUGUUGAAAGAUGAGGCGGACAGCGGCUUAGAUUGUGGAAGAAUUAAUAAGACGUUAUCUCUUAAAAAUGAUUGUCUGAUAAGGAGAUACGAGAUCAAAUUCAACGAGAAGAAGCCAGUCCAUAUUUGCUCGUACGUCUUCAACAUUUCGACCUCAAAGUAUGAACCAGACACCGGUUCUACCAGCAAAACACAUGAAAAGUUGAGAACAUUUGGGAGAUAUACGAGUGUGAACGAAGUGUUGUUUCAAUUGUUGCAGACGCCGAAUUUUGCCGAUCGGAUGAAUCUAGUUGAGGAAACUGUAGUCACAUUUGAAGAUCGCCAGCCAGUUAAUAUAUUUAACUGUUCAUGGUUGGACCACCAUAACAGAGCCGGUGACCUUGACCUUUCCAGGGUCAACACCUUCACUUUUUCCCAUUUCGGGGAUUUCCUGAAUGUCACGUGUCAUCUCGGCGGGAAACCAAAAGUGGAGUUAGUAGAGAACAGUGCUGAUGAUGAUGACGACGAUGAUGAUUGUGACGUCAUUCGCAUAAUAACAUCGCCAUAA